CAGCCAAAACCCUCUCCCACUCCCACCUUUGUUUUAUCAACGAGAGCUAGCAGAGGGAAGGAACGGGGAGCGAAACAUGAAGGAGCUCAGCCGUGGAUGCUUCGCCGCCCUUCUCCUCUGGCUGCUGCUGGCCGGAGGGGAGGGCUGCGACCUCCCACGGCGCCUUGCCGCCCCCUGUGCGGCGGGGGUGGCAAGCUCGCUGGAGGAAGACGGCGUCAAGGUGGGCGGCGCGAAGGCAGCAGCCGGCGUGAAGAUGAUGCCAAGCCCGCUGGAGGAAGACGGCGUCAAGCACGGUGGCGUGAAGGUGGGCGGCGCGAAGGCAGCAGCCGGCGUGAAGAUGAUGCCAAGCCCGCUGGAGGAAGACGGUGGCGUGAAGGUGGGCGGCGCGAAGGCAGCAGCCGGCGUGAAGAUGAUGCCAGUGAAGGAAGCAGGCAGGCGUAAGCUAUCGAGUGGAUGUGACGCACAAAGACUAGGCUUCGAGAUCAGCGUUAACUGUCGAACCUCUGAUGAGGAUGAAACAGUUAACCCCAAGUGUUGUGAGCCGGUUGCUGCGGCGGUCGAUCUUGACGGCUGUCUAUGCCUGGUGAUGAACACCACUUAUUUAGGGGUUUCAUCAUUCUUGCCUAUAAAUGUCUAUGACAUUUAUUCUCGGUGUGGGGGUUUACGUUCUGUAUCUGGGCAAACUGAGUGUGAAGCAUCCAGCGGUGGGAACAAGGCAGGCGACGAUUCUCCAUCCAGCACCACCAUCAGAGAGGCCGUGAAAGAGGCCCUGAGAGCUAGAGUGGGCUCACCAGACUUUGUGGUUGACGUGGUGGAGUUGGUGCUAGGCCUCAUCACGGUCUUCUGUGUGCUUGGACGGCCCGCGGCACGGUAUUUCAGCAAAUACCGUGCGCGGAAGAUGGCUGCCCAGCAGCAGGCGAUGCAAGAUGUGGUUCAAAAAUCUAUGACCACAGUCAUUGAGAUGAUGGGAGGACAAAUUCAGGCUUGUGUCCAGGAAGCAAUACAAGGGGUGGCCAAUUCCUCUGUCAGUGGACAGACAGAGUCGACGGCCCCUCCUGACUCCAGCGGCCGGGGAGAGAUCAGAACUGCUACUGAUGUCUGAUGAGUCGCGCGCCUGAUCAGAAGAAGAAAGCAGAGGCACUGAAGCUCAGCAGCUUGUUUAUCUCUAUUGCAUGUACUCCACUUAACUGCUAUUACUAUGUGAUUGGUACUCUGCAGGAUUGGUACUCGUAUCACUAUGUCAUGAUUGGACCUCGUAUUACUAUGUCAUGAUUGGCUACUGUGAACCAUAUAUUAUGUGAUGGGUACUUUGCAUU